UGCUUCCAUCCCAUCUCGUCGACUUCGCCAUUGCCCUUCGCCUCCUUCGCCGUCGCCAGCUCACGCACUCGCCAUCCCCCCAUGCCUUGAUUCCCCUCCCUGCCGUCUCCGUCUGCAUCUCGACACUCACGCUCUUCCCCUCGUCCGUCCGCCGGAGAGUGUCGUGGAAGGGAGUCCUCCAGCUUCCCCAGCUCUCCUCUCCAGCUUCGCUCGUCUUCCUCCUCAACGGCCUUCCAUCCCACACUGACCAUCAUGGAUUUGCGCACCAUUAUGAACAGCGACAUCGCUGGCAACGCCAACCCGCCCCCCCCGCCGCAGCAGUCGCCAUCCCAGGCGCCUCGCAAAUCCUCCGACUCGGUCUUUCCUCCACGCGACCAGCUGCCAUCCUCCUCCUCAUCCUCCUAUCCGUCUGCCUAUCCCGCGCCGCCGCCGCCGCCGCAGCAACGUCCCCACGCGUCGCCGGAACGCUCCUCCUCCUACGGCUCUCUCGAAUCGCCCUAUACAUACCAUCCUUCGUCGGCGGUGAAGUCGAGCGCACAGUCCCAACGAGCUCCGAGCCCUCCUGCCGGUCCCUACGGCUCCUCCGCCUCGCGUGACUCCUUCGCGUCUGUCGCCUACAACCCACAGCAGCAGUCCCCCGUCGCCCAUCAACGGUCGCAAUCCAUCCAAGAACCCCCCUCCGCAGGUGCUCCGCAAUCCUUUUCGGCGCAACACUUCUCCCCUCCGGCGCAGGGGUCACUCCCCGGCACGCCACGCGGCUCUGCGGCGGCCAUCUACACCCACCAGUCGCCCCCAUCCUCCGCUCGCCCACAAUCAUCCGGUCGGGAUUCCUUGUCAAAUCGAGCUUCCAGCCCGUGGGUCGGCCCGGAUGCUCCCAUGCACAUGUCACCCACCGCCGUGCCCCGUCCGUCGCGAGCAGAUUCCCGAGUGCGGGACCAGACCCCCCGCCAGUACAGUUCCGCGUCCGAGAGGAGGGAAUCGGACGAGAGCGUGAGCCCCAAAACGACCUUUGCGCCGGGGUCCCGACCAGAACUCGCCGCGGGGCGUCCCGACCCAAUCGCUCUGGCGCAGUCAAACCAAUUCGAAAACGGGAUCGGUUUGAAGGAGGCAAACUCUCACCCGCCCGCGCACCAUCCCUCGUACAUCGACAGCUCGCCUCGUCAGUCGAUUGUGAAUGACAUGCCGAUGGAGGAACCACCCCACCAAUGGGCGCAGAAAACGAGUGUGGGCUCCGACUCGCAUGUCGCCUCGAGCCCGCAACCCCCGAUGCGGAAACGCAGGAGAUUCAACGAGCCUCCCAUUUACGCGCAGAGGAGCGUUCGCACCAAGGGGAGAUGCCCCCCGAUCUUGGAUCCCAUUGGCACGAUCAAGAAACACCAGCGGAACUCGCCGACGGCAAACCCCUGGCUCAUGCGUCAACAGGCGGUCGCAUCGGAACCGGCGCCGGCUGUCCCGCCUGUCAAAGUCAGGGGAGAAUCUACGCCGCUCAAUGAUCCCUCAACGCCACAACGGCCACCUGAGCCUCCGCAGGCCGCGCCGCCUGCCCCGGCUGCAGCUGCCGUGCCAGCGGCCCCAACGGCCCCAGCAGUGCAGGUCGGGAGCCUGGGACCGUGGGAACCCUCCAUCACAGGCUUCAUACCACACGAAGAGAUCACGAAGCUCGUCUGUGAUUUCCUCUUCCAGCACGUGGUGCUCCGCAACGACGCCAUUGCUGCUCCGGCCGGCGCAGCGGCAACAGCAGGUCAAAUGCCCAUCAUCGAAGUGGAAGCCAAGAUGGGGCAGCUCAUCGACAUGGAUCGCGGGGAGCGAAUGGUCCUUCCAAUCCUGACCGAGAGUGUCAUCAACAAGGACAACCCGCGUUUUCGCACGGCGUUCGAGAGCACCAUGACAGUGGCGCAACACCGAGCGAUGAACAAUUUCCUGAACGAAGCCGUCAAGAUGUCGAUGCCCCAAUCCGGCCAAGGGCGCAUCCCGCUCUCCUACGCCCACAAGAAGGAGCGCGACACCUUCUACGAAGUGUCCCCCAACGAACUCCCCCCUGUCAUCCGACAGAACCUCAACCCGCGCCACAAGCCCAAGGUGCGCGUCACCCACGACCAGCGGACAGGUGAGGUCCUCGCGAAGAUUGUCAAAUGCCGCAUCGCCGAUAUGGAUGUGCACAGCCCGCGCACCUGCGUCGACUGGCGCAUCAGCGUGAACCUGGAAAUGAGCUACGAUGGCGACAUCAGCAGCCUGACCCUGGCCGAUGGGCGGGGUGGCCGCGGCGGCGAUCGGAAUAAGGACCGCAUGAGCUAUCGACAUUUGGCCUACCAGAUCGACUUGACCCAGGUCGCCAAAUCAGAGCCGCCAACCAAAGGCGAAUUCGAACACGAACUCGAAGUCGAGAUCUCCGCCGCCGAAAUCCGUCGCCAGGGCCAGAUGGCCAUCACGGGUGAUCCGAAGAAUCAGUACGAAGAGCUCGUCAAGGGGUUUGUGGAUAACGUCCGUCUUUUGGCCCGUGCCGUCCCGCCGUAACUGCUGCAAUCUACUUCCUUGCUUCCCUUCCCUUCUUCUCUGAAUCUUAUUGUUCUGAAGAUGUUCUUUUCCCUUCUGGUCUUGAUUUCCCUCUUCUUGUCUGGCGAUAUAUGGCAUUCUUAUUCUUAUCGUGCGCGAUAUAGAGAAAAGUGGGUUGGAUGGAUGGAUGGCUGCAUGCAUGCAUCCAGCUGGGGUUUUUGAAAACCUUCGCAACAAAAUUAGUCGAGAUA